UAACAGAGUAUACAGACAGACAAUUAACAGAAUACACAGACAGACAAUUAACAGAAUACACAGACAGACAAUUAACAGAAUAUACAGACAAAAUACAUAGAUGCAGAAUUUACACUAUGAACACUGAGGCUAAAAACUACAGACUCCAUUACAAACCAUAUACAGUCAGCUACAUUAUAACUUAUGCAGGUAGAGAUGUAUGAAUAAAACUACAGACUACAUUACAAAUCAUAUACAGUCAGCUACAUUAUAACUUAUGCAGGUAGAGAUGUAUGAAUAAAACUACAUGGACAUGAUGAUGUGCAAUGGGGGAAAUAUAGUUAGUCCAUGGCAGAGUGCAAAGGGCAGUGCAAAGAGCAAUGUGCAGUUCUAGGAUGAAAGUGAAGGGUGCAUAGACAGUGUGAGUAUUGCAGGGUGCAUAGACAGUGUGAGUAUUGCAGGGUGCAUAGACAGUGUGAGUAUUGCAGGGUGCAUAGACAGUGUGAGUAUUGUAGGGUGCAUAGACAGUGUGAGUAUUGUAGGGUGCAUAGACAGUGUGAGUAUUGCAGGGUUCAUAGACAGCGUGAGUAUUGCAGGUUGCAUCGGCAGUGUGCGUAUUGUAGGGUUCAUAGACAGCGUGAGUAUUGCAGGGUUCAUAGACAGCGUGAGUAUUGCAGGGUGCAUAGACAGUGUGAGUAUUGCAGGGUUCAUAGACAGUGUGAGUAUUGUAAGGUGCAUAGACAGCGUGCAUAUUGUAGGGUUCAUUGACAGUGUGCGUAUUGUAGGGUUCAUAGACAGUGUGAGUAUUGCAGGGUGCAUAGACAGUGUGAGUAUUGCAGGGUGCAUAGACAGUGUGAGUAUUGCAGGGUGCAUAGACAGUGUGAGUAUUGCAGGGUGCAUAGACAGUGUGAGUAUUGCAGGGUGCAUAGACAGCGUGCGUAUUGCAGGGUUCAUUGACAGUGUGAGUAUUGCAGGGUGCAUAGACAGCGUGAGUAUUGCAGGGUGCAUAGACAGUGUACGUACUGUAGGGUUCAUAGACAGCGUGAGAUUUGCAGGUUGCAUAGACAGCGUGAGUUUUGCAGGGUGCAUAGACAGUGUGAGUAUUGCAGGGUGCAUAGACAGUGUGAGUAUUGCAGGGUGCAUAGACAGUGUGAGUAUUGCAGGGUGCAUGGACAGUGUGAUUAUUGCAGGGUGCAUAGACAGUGUGAGUAUUGCAGGGUUCAUAGACAGCAUGAGUUUUGCAGGGUGCAUAGACAGUGUGCGUAUUGUAGGGUUCAUAGACAGCGUGCGUAUUGCAGGAUUCAUAGACAGUGUGAGUAUUGCAGGGUGCAUAGACAGUGUGAGUAUUGCAGGGUUCAUAGACAGCAUGAGUAUUGCGGGGUGCAUAGACAACGUGCGUAUUGUAGGGUUCAUAGACAGCGUGAGUAUUGCAGGGUGCAUAGACAGCGUGCGUAUUGCAGGGUUCAUUGACAGUGUGAGUAUUGCAGGGUACAUAGACAGUGUGAGUAUUGCAGGGUGCAUAGACAGCGUGAGUAUUGCAGGGUACAUAGACAGCGUGCGUAUUGUAGGGUGCAUAGACAGCGUGCGUAUUGUAGGGUUCAUAGACAGUGUGAGUCUUGCAGGGUGCAUAGACAGCAUGAGUAUUGCGGGGUACAUAGACAGCGUGCGUACUGUAGGGUUCAUAGACAGCGUGAGAUUUGCAGGUUGCAUAGACAGCGUGAGUUUUGCAGGGUGCAUAGACAGUGUGAGUAUUGCAGGGUGCAUAGACAGUGUGAGUAUUGCAGGGUGCAUAGACAGUGUGAGUAUUGCAGGGUGCAUGGACAGUGUGAGUAUUGCAGGGUUCAUAGACAGCAUGAGUAUUGCAGGGUGCAUAGACAGUGUGCGUAUUGUAGGGUUCAUAGACAGCGUGCGUAUUGCAGGAUUCAUAGACAGUGUGAGUAUUGCAGGGUGCAUAGACAGUGUGAGUAUUGCAGGGUUCAUAGACAGCAUGAGUAUUGCGGGGUGCAUAGACAACGUGCGUAUUGUAGGGUUCAUAGACAGCGUGAGUAUUGCAGGGUGCAUAGACAGCGUGCGUAUUGCAGGGUUCAUUGACAGUGUGAGUAUUGCAGGGUACAUAGACAGUGUGAGUAUUGCAGGGUGCAUAGACAGCGUGAGUAUUGCAGGGUACAUAGACAGCGUGCGUAUUGUAGGGUGCAUAGACAGCGUGCGUAUUGUAGGGUUCAUAGACAGUGUGAGUCUUGCAGGGUGCAUAGACAGCAUGAGUAUUGCGGGGUGCAUAGACAACGUGCGUAUUGUAGGGUUCAUAGACAGCGUGAGUAUUGCAGGGUGCAUAGACAGCGUGCGUAUUGCAGGGUUCAUUGACAGUGUGAGUAUUGCAGGGUACAUAGACAGUGUGAGUAUUGCAGGGUUCAUAGACAGUGUGAGUAUUGCAGGUUGCAAAGACAGCGUGAAGUUUGCAGGGUGCAUAGACAGCGUGACGUUUGCAGGGUACAUAGACAGUGUGAGUAUUGCAGGGUGCAUAAACAGCGUGAUUAUUGAAGGGUGCAUAGACAGUGUGAGUAUUGCAGGGUGCAUAGACAGCGUGAGUACUGCAUGGUGCAUAGACAGUGUGAGUAUUGGAGGGUUUAUUGACAGUGUGAUUAUUGCAGGGUGCAUAGACAGUGUGAGUAUUGCAGGGUGCAUAGACAGCGUGAGUAUUGCAGGGUGCAUAGACUGUGUGAGUAUUGCAGGGUGCAUAGACAGCGUGAGUAUUGCAGGGUACAUAGACAGCGUGCGUGUUGCAGGGUGCAUAGACAGCGUGAGUACUGCAGGGUGCAUAAACAGUGAGAUUAUUGCAGGGUACAUAGACAGUGUGUGUAUUGUAGGGUGCAUAGACAGCGUGAGUACUGCAGGGUGCAUAGACAGCGUGAGUACUGCAGGGUGCAUAGACAGUGUGAGUAUUGCAGGGUUCAUUGACAGUGUGAUUAUUGCAGGGUUCAUAGACAGUGUGAGUAUUGCAGGGUGCAUAGACAGUGUGAGUAUUGCAGGGUGCAUAGACAGUGUGAGAUUUGCAGGGUGCAUAGACAGUGUGAUUAUUGCAGGGUGCAUAGACGUGUGUGUAUUGUAGGGUUCAUAGACAGCGUGAGUAUUGCAGGGUGCAUUGACAGUGUGCGUAUUGUAGAGUGCAUAGUCCAUGAAUCAGAAGAUCAUGGUGGACCAGGUGGCCGGUUGGUAAGGGUCAGAGCGUGGGGAAAGAAGCUGUUCAGGUUGCAGGAGGUUUUGGUUGUGAUUGACCUGAACCAUUUGCCAGAGGGGAGUCUUUGAAAGAGGUGACGAUCGUUGUGAAAGUGGUCGGUGAUGAUCUUUCCUGCAUGCUUCCUUGUCCUGGAGUCGUGAAGGUCUACGAUGGAGGGCAGGUGGCAGUCGAUGACUCUCUCAGCAUUUCCACAAUCCGUUGCAGUUUGCCCUUGGACCAGGCAGAGGCAUUCCAAACCAGACAGUGAUCAAGGAGGCCACCAUCCUGUCAACCUCUUUCCGAUACAUGGACUCGUCACUGUUGGAGAUAAGGCCGACCAGGGUGGUGUCAUCUACGAACUUGAGUUGCUUGACCGACGGGUCGUCGGAGGUGCAGUCGUUGGAUUAGAGUGAGUAUAGAAGAAGGGACAGAGAGUCCAAGAGAGGUUUUCCCAGCUUCACGUAUUGUGUCCUGUUAGACAAGAAGUUGUUGAUUCACUGACAAAUGGAGUCAGAUAACUUCACACAAGUCUUUGGGUUGUCGAGGUGCUGAGGAUGUAGUGGAGAGCCAUGUUGACAGCGUCGUCCACAGACCUGUUGGCUCUGUAGGCGAACUGCAGGGUGUCAAGCAGGCUGUCAGUGAAGGUUUUGAGGUGGGAUAGGAUAAGGCUAAGGUUGGUGGUCUAACUGCCACCUGUAGUUAUGGAACGUUUGCUCAGCAGUAUAAUUCAUUGGUGAUUCAUUGAUGACCAGGAUGAAUUUCUGUGAUCUUUCCUUAACCCAUAGGAAGUCCCACCCAGUUGACUACUUCAAAAUUGUGAGUCCUCAAUGGUACUGCCCAUGCUAAAACAAGCUUUGUGGCAAAUUAGCCCUCUAUCCAACUCUAUGGCUGAGACGUGUUUCCUGGGCGCGUGUUGACGAUGUCAUGA